CUCGUAAUUUAGAUAUGUGCCUCCAAAAGAUUUUAUGACUCUUCUCAAAUGAUAUAAAACCAUGAUGGUACCAAGUACGUAACGAUGCGGGAUGUUCUAAAAAAUGACCCAAUCGAAAAGUUCGGCUUCUGUGCGUCAUCCGGAAACAGUCAAUAUGUACGCAAAGCUGUUUGUUGUCACUCAGAUGGCAUGUGUUGGUUCAUUUCAUCAUGUGUGGGUUAAAGUCUCACUAGGUUCGUGAAAUCGAAUAAUUUCACCGCUUUCCUAUACGUCCAGUCUAUUACAUAACUUGUUUCUGGCACAUGGAUUGAUAGUGUACUGUACUUUGUGUAAGGUAAGACGUAGUUGAUUUCCUACUGAGAAUUUAAUCAAUCUUUGAUAUAUAUCCAUUCACUUCUUACGUAGUUAGCAAGAGGAAACUAUCUCAGUCUUGUCAUUUCUGUCAUAUAUAUGAGUCAAUGUUUGCAAUCUAAAAUUACUGUAUACACGCCAGCAUCCAUUGCAGGCAUUUUUGUAUCCCAAGUCAACGAACAAUGUCGAUGAAAUAUGUGAUAAACACUUAUUAGGCCUAUACAUAAUUCAAAAGAAGCAUGUUAUUCUUGAGUCAGUAGACUCUAUACCGAAAUAGCAUAGUAUUUUGUUAAAUUAAUAGUGAAAAUGAAAUCUGUCCAUUUCGAUUCUGCAAAGCAACGUCGUCGAUUCCGGCUGUAUAUAGUCACCACUGACACUUACGUGCCAUAAUCUUUCAUGGAAGUGUCCAUUUCACUUGUGCGCGGCGCAGCUCAGAAAGUAAAGACUAAUCGUAUCUCCCGCAAGGAAGGCUACAUGCAAUCUGCACCAGUAGUGUCUUGCGGUGCCAUAGUAGCAGAAACUCGGAGUAGACUGAGGAGUAGACUGCGUUAAAAUUCAGACAUAGUUGAUAGUAUUAAAUUAUAGUACUUUAAUAGUCCUAGACGCAUAUAGUAUAGAAAAUACAAUCUUGGACUGUGUUGAUGGAUAUGCAUGCAAGCGCUAGCGGGAAAUCACUGUAAAAAACUUCAAAGCGAAUUUUUAUGUUCCAUAGUUCUAUUCUGUAAUAAAAGUUCAGAUAACACCGAGACAAAACAUAUCAACAACUGAAUGUUUAUUCAGUUCUCGUAUGACAGUAGCAGACAAUGUUUGGAAUUAAGGAUGGAAAUGCUAUUUUAUACGGUAUGUGGUUUCAAAAUAGAAAACCUAUAAGACUGUUUUCAUUUCUAGAGCAAUUGCAUGAUCCCUAAAUUCCAUCCCUGAAUCGCGUAAUAUACCUUUUAAAAUGCCGUUGACAAUGAUUUGAAAAACAAAUGGCCAGCAGUAUUUUUUAAAUUUUAAUUGUAAAAGCUUUACAGUACAUAGCAUAAAUUAUUCAAGCGCGUCAGUACAACAAAUGACAAAUAAAAGUCGCAGAAAAUUUGCAAACAUUCCUCCAAACUUAUUACACGCUAGCUUUUUUCUUAAUAAAACAAAUAAUAGACGUUUCUAGAUCUUAUCCGGUUGCGAAUACGAUUAUUAUCAGCGAGCUAAUCUAUUAGAAAAACAGGAAAAUGAUACGCUACAUGUUUACUAAAAAGCUGAGUAUAGCUGACAUGAACAUACUGGAUGAUAAACGUCAUUUCUGUAGUGUUUAUUAUUUUUCUAAGACUAUCCGUUCUCACAACUUAUACAUGCCAGCGCUUGCAGAAUCUUUAAGUCAGGUUGUCACUAUAGAUUGGCAACAUGAAACGUUUUCAAGUGGUUUUUGAAGAACAUCAAUCUCAAACACAAAUUCGAUAUGUUGAGUGUACAUAUAGCGGUGCCAAUAUUUGACUUUGUUUACACAAGACUUGCUGUAAUUACGUCCACGUUAAAAAUUUGAAUAAUUGUUUUGUAUAUGGCUCAGUUUCCAUCAACGCGGGGUUUUAAGUUGUUUAUUUUCCCAGCAUGGUUCACUGCAAUUUUUUAUCCAGCAUUAAUAUCUGAAACAUUGCCCAGAAUUGUAGUCCAAUGGCAACAAUAUGGUGUUUCUCUAUUUUAUUUUAUUUUGUUCAAUUGACCACUUGCGUAAUAGACUAAAUUUUGAUCUAGACAAAAUUUUGAUCUAGACAAAUUUUUCGUUUGAAUCUGUGAUGACGAAAGUGCGCAUGCGUGUCAGUAUAGCUAAUACAUCUCAUAAAUGGAAAAUGUUCUUCCAAAAUGCUAAGCAGGAUUGUGAAAGUACUCGAUCGUCCCUCAAAACUGCAUUUGGAUAAGCAUGUUGACCAUGUUUUGUCUGUUUUCCACUUCAACCAUUUAACUAUAGUUUCCGCAUAAUUUUUGGGGCUAUGGGACAUGCACGAACAACUCAAUGAAAUACCCUGGGGAGUACAAGCAACAUCAAAAAUGAAGUUAUAAUUGAUCUCUUUUGUAAAUAAGACAUGUUUUCGUCGCGUAUCAUUAACUCAAAGCAGUUGAGAACAAUCAAAUCACUACAUUUAGAUUUAGCGUUAAUUUGAAUUUAAAGGGCUAUACUUGUUAUAUACACACUGUAUAUGUAGCAAAGAUACAUUAUAAAGAAUAACAUUUUUCUGAAUUCUGUCCUCUCAGCUCAGGUCUCAUUACACUAAUGGAGUAAUGCAGAGUCAUAAUUAUGGCUCUUCUUACUAAAAAUAACCUAUAUAAAUAUCAUAUGAUUGUUUUGCGUAACCGGUUGGCCGGAAAAUUACCUAAGAUCAAUUCAUCAUUUCGCCAUGAACACGUGUUCAUCAUUAGUUGUUUUCCAUAAAAUUAAUGAACUGAACGUUUACAUAACUGAAUUGAAAAUGUAAAGCCUCGAGCAUUUAACAAUGUGACUACGGUCGGAAAUAAAAUAAGAUCAUGAACGGUCUAAGCAGGCGAUCGCGAGAACAAAACUUAUUUAUAAGAUAAACUUCCUGAUCACAUGUGUCUUCAGGCUUUAGCGUAGGUGGUCUAGUUGUCAGUUGACCAGUCAUACACUUCAAAAACGACGAUAUUAUAAACAUUCAAUUAUCAUGACCAGACUGACUUCCGAUAAUGCAAGUAAGAUAACUUAAUAUCAUCUCAUCGAAAAAUGCUUCAAAUAGUAUUAAUUAAAAUAUCUAUAGUAGAUGGGUUUCUUGAAUAUGGAAUUUUGAAACGCAUGCAAAUAUAUAGUUGAUAUUAUACAUUCAGUUUAGACAAAUAUAUAAGGGUCUAUAUACCAUAGGAUUCUUCUAUACCGGAUUUCGUGCUCAAAUGUUCUUACUAGCUUAUUACGUAGAAUUUCCAAUGUAGAACAGUCAACAUUUUUUCCCAAGGAAGGACACUAAAAUGGUGGGUUAAAAUGCAUGGUUAGUUGUUUCAAUGGCGGCGCCACAGGAAGGAGUGGGGAGGGCACUUUAAGAUGGAUUUUCUAAUUCAUGCAAAUACGAGAAUAGUGUGUGUAUGGGUACGUUGGUGGGGGCAAAAAAGAGAGAGGACGUUUGUGCCAGCGAACACGAGGGGGUACGUUCGUGGCAGGGAACAAGAUCUAGCAAUAUAAUAACUCGGCAAAUUAGUGGAAAUGAAAAUAGUGGAAAUAUUUUAAAGCUUGCAACACUUUUCAGCUUCUCUGUCGCUCUGUAUAUAUAUAUAUAUAUAUAUAUAUAUAUAUAUAUAUAUAUAUAUAUAUAUAUAUAUAUAUAUAUAUAUAUAUAUAUAUAUAUAUGUGAGAUAGAUAGAUAGAACGGGUUUGAUCAGAUCGUAAAUUACAGUUUGUAUAACUGAAUUGCUUACGAGUAUUUACAAUUGAAUUAUUUCAUGCAAAGAACUAACUAUAUUUACAAUAAAAACUAUACAUGCUAUAUAAUUGACACGAAAUAAAUUUAAGAAUUUAUACACUUAUACUAUUAGAUAUAAUGAAGGAGUUCUUAAAACGUUCUGUUCGAAACUUAGGGACUAGAAAUUUAUGACAUUUCCUUAAGGGAUAUAUACACCCGUUUCCCUCUGGGAUCAUUUGAUGUAGUUUAUGCUUGGUAUCCAAGUGUGCUUGAAGGAAAAGUUUUUUACAGGCUGCUUCUCUUCUGUUUCGUAAAGUUUCUAGAUUGGCUAAUUCGAGCGUCUCUUCAUAACUCAUAAGAGCAUUCAGGAAAUAUCCUUCUUAAACACCGUCUUUGGAUCCUUUCGAUAUCUGAACACAGGUGCUGCGGUAGGGAGUUGUGGAAAACAGGCGAAGCAUAUUCUAGCGUCGAACGAAUACAGGCGCAAUAUAUUUGGAUCAAAUCUUUGACAGGAACUUGCGCUCUUUUUAAUUGUGUUAUUAAAUGUAAACGUUUGCUAGCUUUUGAUAUAAUGUUAUCGAUAUGCAUUUUCCAUUUAAAGGCAUUGCUGACAGUAAGACCAAGGGUUUUUGCAUAACUAUAACAACUUCGAUUUCUUUGUGGUUAAUGAAAAUAGGAUGGAGAGAGGUAUUUUCAGUUGGUUCUCGUGAGAAGUCGAUUCUUAAUUCUUUACACUUUUCCUCAUUUAAUUCAGCCAUAUUCGAAAUUGCCCACGUUUGUACUGCGUCAACUGAUUCCUGGAUACGACUUUGAUCUUUUUUAGAAAUUGUUUCAGACAAGGUUGUAUCGUCCACAUAUUUCCACAGACUUUCACAAGAUGUUGUUAUUGGUGUAGUUAAGUCGUUGAUCAUUAAAAUGUACAGCCAUGGGCCGAGCUUUGUUCCUUGUGGUACCCCUGAGCGAACGUUACUCCAAUCGGAGAAACAACCAUUGUUUAAUUUAACCCUUUGCUUCCGAUUAAUUAGGAAAUCGAUAAUCCAAUUAGCUAUUUGAGGUGAAAGGUCGAGGGAUUUCAAUUUAAGAAUCAAUUGAUUAUGAUCAAGCAGAUCAAAUGCUUUUCGGAAAUCAAACAGGACUAUGGAAACCAAGUUACCAGUUUGAUCAGCAGCUUGUAGCCAUUGGUGCAGCAUUGAAACAAGGGCCACAGUAGUAGACGACCGGGCAACAACGCCAAAUUGUUUCGGGUCUAGGAUCUUCAAAAUAGCAGAUUUUAGAUGUCUUUCUAAAAUGAAUUCUUCUGCUACCUUCGAUAAAUGUCCUACCUUCAAUAUGAUAGGGAGAAAAUGUUCUCGAGUGAGAAUUUCAUAAUUUCCAGACCGCGCGCAAGCAGAAAACUCUGCCCGCCGCGGCCUGGUUUUGAACCCGCAACCUUGUAUAUAAGGCUCGGCACGAGCCCCCCCCCCCCCAUAUUUCAUAAAGUGUCCGCCACUUGCUUAAAAGGUCUUAAAACUGUUUAUUCUAUGGGACUGGGAUUUUGCCAUAAUUUCAGGUGGGAAAUGGGAGUGGGACCCCCCUUUAAGGACCCUCAUAAUAGUCUAUCUCAAACAAAACCGUACUGUAAUUACAGUUAAGGAUUUAACUACAGUGGUUAGCACUAACUACAGUUAGCGCUAGUUACGUUUUCAGUUACAACCGGCCCCGUGAAAUAAUUAUAAUUGCCAAACAGCUACACCUUGGUUUAACGUAGACAUCUCACGGAAAAACUGCAUUCUUUUAUGAUUUUUGUGGCGGUUUUUCCUUGUUUUCGUGUUUAUUUUUUCUGUCUUGAAUAAAUUUCCCGCCUAUUUGCAAAAUACGAGUCCACAAUCAUGUGAAAAUGCGUGUCAGCGGUCGUUAAUCACUGCUUACUUUAUGUAAUUUUGCGUUUAAACUCCCCACGCACAGUUAACUAUGUGAUUAGUUAACUAUCUGACUAACUACGUUUUGUGCAACGCAGUUAAAUCAUGUAGUUAACCAAUUGCAGUUGAGGAUUUAACUACAGUGAUUGACGUUAGCUACAGUUAUACAACCGGCCCUUGCUGUUUAACAGGAUUGAACAAUAUUUUUGAGCCUGAAUCGGGUGUAACAAUAUUGUUCAAUGUUGUUGACAACUGUGAACAAUGUGGGCCGCACAACAUUGUUCAAUCCCGUUUUCAUCAAUAUUGCGACGACCUGAUCGUUUUUAGCUGUGUACCUUAUAAACACCAUACAAGUUGAUUGUGAUUAAACACUUAAUAAUAACAUCUUCCAUGGUUUCCUUAAAAUAGUUAGUUGGUUUCAAAAGACAACGUGGCGGUAGCAAAUGAGAUCUUUAACAUUUGAAUAGAAACUUGGACAGACCUACCUUACUCAUAACGAUUUAAGCCUGUAUACAUGCACAGACAACAUUAAUGGUCAUUAAUGUACUACAGUAGAUAUAACCAGUUGUGAAAUAUUUGUGAAACGUCAGGUUAAAGUGUCGUCAUGUGACCAAGAAUACGAGCGGUUAAGCAAUUCCGCGUGAAUUGCUAAUGAGUAUGCAUGCCCAAAAAUUUGUAUGCAGUGUAAAAAAAAUUGUAAACCCAUGUAUAACAGUGCUGUCAUAAACGACCCACAAAACGGAGAGAUUUAACACAAAAUUUAGAUUUUAAAAUAUUCGCAAGGGAAAAUGUCCCCGAGCAUCCCCCCCCCGCCUCCCCCGCUCCCAGGUUAACAGCAUAUAUAACACUUGAGUUGAAAUCAUUCCUCGCAUUAUUAGAGAGUUAAUGCACAAUAAUGACGAAGUCACAAAACAAAUUGCAAUGACCUUUGCAAUAAUUAAUAUGUAAUUUUUCUUGCACAUAGCAUAGAAUAAAGAUCCAUAUAGAAGGGCCACUUACGUCGGAAGCUUUGAAGUUUCUGUCCUCGCGCAUGUCGCAUUACGCAUGUUGGCCGCCAUUUUCCUAGCCAGUCAAUGACAUUUUCUGGCCAAUAAACACGCUGUACUGGCUGGCUGCUCCGCCUUCUGGCCAGUAAACUGCAUAUUUUUGCAUAAAAAAACGAGGACACGUUGCACCCCUGAGUGGCCCUUCUAUAUGGAUCUUUAUUCUAUGCACAUAGUUUCAUAAUACUAUAAUAAUAGUCAAUAAUUUCCGUGAAGUUGUACCGGUGUAUGUCGUAGUGAAAGUAGAGGUUAUGGUUCUGAUAAACUAUGGGUUCAAAGAUAAUCGAUAUAUACUCUGAUAAAGAAUUAUUAAAUGGGAAAAUUGAAUCAAAAUAAAUAUGAAAAAAAUUUAGCAAUAUAACGUAAAAGGAACUAUUUACAACAAGAGAAGGACACGUCGCUAUGAAGUAAGUUAUGCAGGAUAUUGUGUUCUAAAUUGAACAAUGGGCAUUACAAAGUCUCUUUCAAUCCGAAAUUUCAACUUAAAGUUUGAGUCGUCCCAGUCCCCUAACAUACCGAAACGAAACGCGGCCAUUAUUGAGGAAAACAAACCAGACCUGUGCAUCAUUGUGCAUCAUGGAUUCCAUGAAAAAUUAUAUGCCAAACCCUAAUUUCAAGUCUAAAGUUUGCAAAAAUCAAGAAUGAUUUUGAACUGAAAAUAAUCGAGAAUAAUGUACGAUUAUUAAUAAAAUGCCUUUGCAAUGCGAAUAAUUAAUCGAGAUAAUUAUGAUUAAUCGAGAAUAAUGUAACGUCAUUCAACGCUGGCAAGGGAUUAGGAACGAGUUAGUGUUUCUCUUUAUUGUGAGAAAGCGCAGAAGGCCUGGGUACAGGCCUUGGGCGCGAGGACAGUUCAGCACAUGAUGGUCAAUACUGAGGGGAAGGAUUUUUAACACAUGUGUAACUUAAUUGUUCACUAUAUUUAUUGAUCUUAUGUUUGGUAACAAAUACGUGUACUGGAAACAUUUAGCAUCAUUUGCCACUCUCAUAAUUGUCAAUACAUUUGAAAUUGACCAUCAUGUGUAGCACGAUAUAAAAUACUUCACUGAAACCUACCUGUAUACAGAGUUCAAGAAAGAAAACAAACAAGUCAAAACUCUGGUCAAAACUUCAUUUCAAUGUUUCUACUUUAUUGUUUUCUUUGACUGAAAUAUGUACAUUAAAAUUGAACUCACUUUUAUUCCACACCUUAACUAAUUAUAUUAAAUGCCAAAUUAAAUGUUCCAUAUUACCAAAAUAUAUACUAUGCUUAAAAUGCCUUAGUUUGACAUUACUAAUAUAUGAGUACAUUAUCUGCGUGCAAUUGCGAAGGAUAUAUUGUUGUACUGCUAAGCAUAUAUUAAUUAUAUAUUAAACAAUAUAUAUCUAUAUAUUGUUUAAUUAUGAACGUUUAAACGUCAAUUCAUAUUUCUACUUUAAGGAUAUACAAAAUUAUCAAUCUUAAUUUAACUGCGUAAACUCUUUGGGCUAGAUGUAAAAAGGUUCCCAAGCUAUACACAUGCAUGUAUGGUCCAGAGCUAAUAAUUUGUUUUAUUAUUCUCACUGCUAUACCGGCCAAUGUUCUCCAGUCACUGGAUCAUUGUUCCCAAACGUUUUGUGCUGGAAAAUCUAUUGUUGUAUUAUCGCCAAUCGCCAUACACAUUUCUGAGGACGUACUCAUUUACACAUAAUGGAAGUAUCUGCUUAAAUGUGAGGCUUUUCUUUCUUACAACAGCAACAGGACCACUUGGAUGAGAUGUGAUGGAUGGUCAGGUUUCGGCAUAACUCGUCUUACAAAUCAACAUUGAGCUUUGCAGUUCGCCUGUCUCAGUGUAACAGACAAGGAAGUAUGAAUCUUUCUCCAUGACAUAGGUUAAGACAAUUAUUUUACGAAUGGCAUCGUGAAAUGCCAUCCCACGGUCCUUGUGACCUUCUGGUAGUUUUAUUGUCGACUUCAGAUUUCCUUUCUCGGAGUAGAAGUUAACAUCCUUGUCAUCGCGUGAUGAUAUCAUGAUUUCAUCUUUAUUUGAAAUACCCAACCAGCAGGUACGCCAAUGGUGUGUCCUUCGAAUAUGCGUUUCAAUUGUCCCACGGCAUUGUCACAGACAUAAACAUGAGGAUCACGGCCUUUGAUCAUGAUGAUAUUAUUGUUCUUGUUUAUAGCGGUCAUCACGAAAUAAGCACUAUCGGAGGCUGUACAUCACUUGCAGGGUCUUAGCUGGGAUUUUAGAACUUGGGCGUGUUUCUAAAUGACCAGGGUGUGCACAUGUCAAUUACCUCAAAUAGCCAAAUUUGCGGUUUUAGUUAUGGUCGCCAACAACAGACCAUGCCUGUGGUUGUUCUAUGCUUUGCAACCAAAUACAAGGCAAGCAUACGCUCAUAUAUUACGCACUGACAUUAAAAUAUUAAGUUUUUUCAGUAACUCUUGGGGGUAUUUAAAACCAUUGUAACAUCAUACAGUUCCCAUUAUCCACCAAAACAUUAAAACAUCACAUGCAGAUCACUUUCGCCAAUUUCAACAAUAACCGUAGAUUUUACAAACUUUCUUACAACGUAUACAGUGAAUAGGAAGAAAUUCUGUCUGUUAUUUUAUGAACCUACACAGCCUUAUAUAAAUAAUGAAACCGCAUUCAUUUUAUCUAGCCGUGUUUUUCCCUUUUUGGCCGCGAUAACACGGCCAACACGGCCCUCUGGCUAAGACCCUGUGUACAUGUAACCUGAAGGAAAUCAAACCAACAAACGCGUUUUACGUUAUAAUUUUCAUCCAGUACAUUCAGCCAGGAAUUUCGCACAUCGCCGCUAUUUUCCGUACGUGUUUCAAUCUAACAACAUAAACGUUGUUAUUCUUAUCAACAGCGAGCCCUGCGAUACAUUGCUUGAUAAUUUCACCUUCUCUGGAAUCUGGCAAUUUAAUCACCUUGCCUUCUGCUGUUCUCGAAGUCACUUUGAUGUUAUCUCUCCGGCGAAGGUCUCCAACAACCACAUUCCCACAAAAGUGGACACAUUCCGUCAUCAAGUAUUAGCAGCUUGGGAGGUUGACCCAAUUCAUCACCCAUAGACUUUCUUGUGGAAACCUCCUGCCAAUCUAAUAUUGGGUUAAAACUGCGAUCAGUAAGUUCAAUGCCAGGCCAUGUUAGGGACUGGUCAUAAAGUAACGACUAGGGUGGGCUGGAGGUAAAUCACAAAUUUUGCCAAUAAGUUCGGUGACCCAUCUUAGGAUGGUAAAUAAAAAUUUCAAAGCCCAUCUAAUCUUACAAAACAUUUUUCAAGACCCACCCAAUCUAAAUUGGGAAAAUACACUUUUAUAAUAAUCAAAGACUUGCAGGUAUGAACAUUGUAAAUAUACACGGCACUGUAUUGACACUGAGCUGCUCUCCAGUUGCAUGGUUGUACUUGCUGUGAUUCGAGCACUUCUUGUUGUUGUAUAAACAAAGUACUGGCUUCAGUAGCAUCAUCUGCAUUUGAUAAUUUGGAUAGUUUUGUUUACUUUUGUUAUUAAUAUCUUUAUUUUCUGAAGUAGACAUGCAUGGGUUUUUGUUUGGUGGCCCAACCGUGGACAUACAAAAAAAUUGGCGGUCCAUCAAAACUGCCCAAAGAUUUUCCAUGGCCCAUCCCAAAUCACUCCAGCCCACCCUUGCAGAUACUUUAUGACCAGUCCCUUAAAUUAACCUGUCAGCAAGUGUGCGAAUGAAUUUGAAUUUAAGAUUAAACAAAACAUAGCCAGAUCAACAUCAUAGAUUUUACGUUCUCUGCUCGUUCUGCUUUACCCAACAACGACUUGACACCGCCAUUGAGAUAAACGGAGAACAUCCCACGGAUAGCUGGUAAGCUAUAUGCAGAUCUUGAAGAAACGACAGACACCCUGUGAUGGCGGUUUGAAGACUAUCGAGGCAUUCCAGUAUCUCAGAAACAACACGUAGAUUGGCGGCGAAGAUUUUAUCGUUAAUGUUUAAUGCCGCAUUGCAGAAAGCAUUGGUUGCUCUCUUACAAACAUCUUUAAACCUCUCUUUAGCGGAUUCAAACUCUUUGUCAGAGUAGAUUUUUAACUCUCCCAUGGCGUGAGAAAGUUCCAAGGCUUCGUUGACUAAGAUCCAAGACUCGCGGACACCGCUCGACAUUCUUGAUGUUUCACCACGCCCACGGUCUUGUUGAGUUGGGUCCAUCACAGCUUUCUCCAGCUUUGAUUUAUCAACAGAAACGUAGAUUAAAUCUACUCCUUCUUUCAGGAAUCGGGAGCUGCUGAGUAAAUUUACACGUGAAAGAUCAUCAAUUCGCCAUGAUGUCGUUCAACUCUCUCACAACAAUUUCUCGAAUUUUCGCAUCUAUGACAUCGCCGUCCUUCAGUUUAGCCGCAGUCGAGCCGCGAGCUUUGUUCCAUAACAAGCCUACGGUUGAGCUUAAAAUACUCGUAAUAAUGGAAGUCAUAUCUCAAUUCAAUACAACGAUGGGACUUCGGUGGCGCAGUGCCGCAGUCAUGAGAACAAGCCCCUUUCAGCUCUGAGAUUGUGUGUUCGAUUCUCGCUACGGACUCAUGUGAAAAGAGUCAGUCAACGCUCUGCCAAAAGUCGUGGGCUUUUUCCGUGUGCUCCGGUUUCCUACCACAGGGAAAGUUCAAAGGGUUGGGAUAAAUACAGCUAAGAAAGUAAUAUCUCGAUUGUUGGAAAGAUAAAUAGUCUAGGCUAAGUAAGUAACAUAAGCGGUAAUCGUAAUACUUGAUGUAAUUGGUCACUGGAAAACCCCAAUGGGGAGUGAGCUGAAUAAUACUGUAGUGUAAUGUAACGAUCCAUAAUUUGGAAUAUAUCCAAAGGCAUUCGCGCAUGAAAUAUAUAAUGAGAAUGAUGUAAUUAAUCCUAUAGCUAUGUUGUUCAUGUCACACAUGUUGACUGACACUGAAUUUCCUGACACUGAAUUUCAUUUUUAGUCGCCAGUAUAGUUAAACACAUUGAACAUCAUGGUGCCAUUUAUAAUAUAUCUAAGAAAUUUUAAAACCUAUUUAAAGGUAAAUAUUAAACCUUCUUCAAACGUGAAAAACAUCGCGUGUCAGCUAAUUAACAUAUGCCGCGCUCUAAGAAAUACAAAAUUAAAUCUUUUGCCAAAAGUUGGUUUUCAGUUAAGACUUUAUAAGAUGCUUUUCAGUUAAGACUUUAUAAGCUGGUACUUUAAAUAAUCAUUAAACUCAUCAAACAACAAAGCACAUCAAUAAAAUGAAUCAAUAGCAAAUGUGUGGUGUCAUGAGAAAGAUUAAUAAAAAUACCGAUCAUGCGUCAGCAGCUAGUUGUUACCAUGAUAUUUUCAAGUUCGAUAAUUUUCGGUAGUUUCUACACGAACAAUUUGUCUUCAAUAAGAUUUUAAAAUCUCUCAGAUAUAGAGACAACCAUAACGUAAAAGUAUAUAUAUAUAUAUAUAUAUAUAUAUAUAUAUAUAUAUAUAUAUAUAUAUAUAUAUAUAUAUAUAUAUAUAUAUAUAUAUAUAUUAAUCUUAAAAAUUGUAUAUGUUGCUACAAUAUAUAUAUAUAUAUAUAUAUAUAUAUAUAUAUAUAUAUAUAUAUAUAUAUAUAUAUAUAUAUAUAUAUAUAUAUAUAUAGGUCAUCAUAUAAGGGAUGAGGUGAUAUCAGUUUUAUCGCUCGAGGGAUGAUAUCACAAUUGUCUGCACGAGCGAGCGCAGCGAGCGAGGGACAAUUGUGAUAUCGUCCCGAGAGCGAUAAAACUGAUAUCACCGAGUCCCGAGUACGAUAACCUAUUUAUUAUAUACUUGUACCUUUAUCCAGGGUUUGACACCCAAAAAUAAACAGUUUUGAAAAAAUAGGAUCAUUUCAGAAUUCAAAAAAAUUCAUCAUUUACUGAACAAAUAUGAUUUUAGAAAAUAAAUAGACCAUUCAUAUAAAUAAUAUACAACUUAAGUCUUUCGUUUAAUUUUGUAUUAUCGUUCUUGUUUUCUUCGAUAAAACUGUCGACAUGAACCAAUACGAACCUCGAGUCGGCCAUCUUUGUUUUGACAAGGCGCGAAAUUUAGCGGGACAAAAAACGAUAUCCGGAAAAAAAAAAUUAUAUAUAUAUAUAUAUAUAUAUAUAUAUAUAUAUAUAUAUAUAUAUAUAUAUAUAUAUAUAUAUAUACGAUAUAUCGAGAUAUAUAUAAGAGACAGAUAUAUUUUCUGUGUUUCUAUAAUGGUUUCUACACUGUUAUAACAACACGCGUCGAAAUUUGUAAGAACGAGAGAUAAUCAGUAGACCAAUCAGUACCUUGAUUUGAAAAGCGGCCCGUGAGCUGCAACUUUAGAUCACCCCUGAUGAAGACACUAGACUUGAAUGUCGAAACGUUGGGUCUUGAUUACAAUUCGACUGGGCUGCUUGUAUUCGCUCGCUACUCGGCUCUAUAUAAAUGAAUACAAGGAAGGAAAUGUUCUGUCAUUUGCGUACAAACUAACUCGAAUGUGUACUAGCGCCUGUGUACAGACAUUACUCUCGACGAAGCGAGAGUUGGAUGAAGAUUCCUUGUUCUGGUCAUGUACAUUUUCCUCAGAUUUGGGGAAAGGCCUUGGAUUGGACAGUGCUUUAUUUGAAUACUUUAUGAUAAAUGAAGCUAUUAUGGUUAAUUGAUAAUUAGCAAGCAUUUAGCAUGCGUCAGCAUUGUUCGCAUUCAAAACAAAUCUCUUCAUCGAGAAAUAUAUGCAAAAUAUUAUAUUUACAGAUUAUAUUUCAAGUCUUUCAAACUUUUGUAUGCCCAGAAGGAAAUUUUGAUUCUUGAGGAAAUCUCUGAAUUUAAAAUUCUUGUGCUGUUGUUUUAAACGCAUGCUAAUUAUCAAUUAACCAAUGAAUUAGCUUCAUUUGUCAUAAGUUAUUCAAAUAAAGCACUGUGCAAUCGGAGGCCGUUCCCCAAAUUUGGGGAAGAUCCACGUGACCAGAACAAGGAAUCUUCAUCCAACUCACAGACGUUCUCUCUCGCGCUUCGUCGAGAGUAACGUCUGUAUACAGGCUAAUGUGUAUCAAGCACCGCAGUUUUCUUAGAAACACGCUUUAAUUAUCAUGGUUUUUCUGUGUUCGUGUAAUGUACUCAGGUGAAUAUGAUGCUUGUGAUGUUACUCUGAGUGUAUAACAACAACUCUUUAAUUAAUUAGUUAGUUGUCACGGAUUAUCAAAAAACGUCUUGUCAACAUCCCCCCAAAACUCGUAUUAUGAACUCAGUUAGCUAUAAUAUAUUAUAUAUCGGUUUCAUAUUAAGUACAGCGUUCAAUAAUAAAUGUGUUUAUACUAGUUGUGUUUGAACCGCAAAUUGCUUCUACAAGUUUACAAAAACCAAUGGGUGAUAAAAAAUUAAUCUAUAAUUAUGCAUGGCCAUGAGAGUUUUGGAAUCGCGAACUCCUUCAUGAUCACGGAUUGUAUAUGCAGUUUAUUAGUGCUAGUAUGCCAUCCAUUACUAUAAAACAGCUACUGUAGGCCUUGGGGCUAUAGGAUUGCAUGGGACCGGCUGCAAUUACAGUAAAUUUUAUCAGUGAACAGUGUAUGCGAACAGUAACUUUAGUGCAGUUACGUUGGCACUUAAAUCGAGUUAAUUAGUGUCAUACAAUUUUCAUCCAAACUGCUUUGAAUGUUUGUCUUUGGAAGAGGUUUAGACCCCAUCCAAACGUAUCCGGAUUUGUUUGUAUCCUGCGAAAACGUAACGAAUUCAACGAAACGGGUGUGGAUGCAGUUUGGAAAACGAUGACUUAAAUAGAUGAAAAUUAAGAUGCAUCCACGCUAAUAACACACAUUACGGUCAGAAAUUAGAAAAGUAUCUCGUCCACGCUGAUCUAUAUACAUUUAAAAGAAGCUCGACUAUAUUUUCUGUCCAAACAAAGCCAGGUAUCGCUCUAAUUUUUCCUCUUCGAUUCAAUCAAUUUUUCUUCAGAUUUCGACACGUUCCUUGUUAGUAUGCGCUAACAUACAGUACAUGCACCAAUUAGGAAUAGAUUUCGCAAUGUUUUCCGUCUCUGCAUAUGUACAAUUGGCAACAAAACCGAAGGAAUUUUCGAGGAAGUGAUUAGCGGAUUGCCAGGUUUUGCUCGCGCGUUCGUCGCUCCACCAAAGCGUGCUUGCGACUUGCAAGCAAAAGAUCAUAGUGAAAAUAAGUAAAUAACACUAACAACUACAUCGUGGGCUUAUUACAUUCGAUAGCGCUUGCUUUGCAGAGCGCAUUCAUAUCGUUUUUGCAGAUACGCGUGAACGGUCGAAAACGCAACCAAUCCGCCGGAUGAGUGUGCAGGACACGCGCUUUUUUUUAAUCCGCAAAAAAUGUUUUGUCCGAUACAAAUCCGCGGUUACGUGUAGACGGGCCCUUACAUUGUAAGUGCAUGCACUUUGAGCACCAAAACAUACGCCCGUAUUCUCUAAGCUCACUCAUGCACACUCACACUCAAUGAAUGGAGGUUUAAUAGUGAGUUUCUCUAAUUCAAUGUGUGUCAAUACUGUUUUUGAAUAGCUGGAGGGUGAGUAGUCACAUAGUAAAGUACGACACUAACCCUCCAGCUAUUCAAAAACAGCAUUGACACUCAAGAGAAGCUCAGAUUGAAUCUUCACUCAUUGAGUGUGAGCUUUCAGAAUACGGGCGUGAAAGCUUGUCGACUAACGCCUGUAUUCUAAAAGCUCACUCGCACUCAAACAGUGGAGGUUCAAUUUGAGCUUCCCUUAGCUUAAGUAUAUCAGUGAUGGGAUGUUUUUGAAUAGCUGAAAAGUCUCGUACCUUAGUCCUUACUAUAUGUGACUACUCACCAUCCAGCUUUUCAAAAACAUCACUGACACUCAAGACUAGUCAAGGGAAGCUCAGAUUGAACCUCCACUCUUUGAGUGUGAAUGAGCUUUUAGAAUACACGCGUAAGUCUGUCGAAGAACCUAGUGAGUAGUGUAAAUUAAUUCACCAGCAUGAUUAUUGUUUUGACUUAAUUAAUAAUGUUUUUCGAGUUUGUAUGUAAACAAAUUUAGUUGCACUAAUUGUCACCACGUGGUGAUGCCUAAAAUAAUAAUGCAUUUCAAUGAAGAACGAAUUGAAUGAGCUUUGACUUUUCUCGUAUUGUAAUGCAAAAUUUUAGGGACUCGUCCGGAAACUCGUAUGUUAUGGAUUUGCUCUGAUGUAGCAACAACUAUAUAGGAAAUAUUACUAAGAGCUAAGUGAAACAUUAUCUUAGCUAAAUCAAAAUUUGCAAACGCAACAUACGUACUUGAGUUGAAAUUUGCAUACUGAAUAUUAUAGUAAACAGUUCAUUGGCUGAGCGUGAGUAAAUACAGAUCAUCAUCUUGUAUUUUCAUGUCAGUUUACUAUAUUUGAGUUCAAACGUUACGUCAUGUGGAAAUAAUAUGUCAAACUAGUUUGUCCUUCUUUUCAGAAACAACAUGGAAAUGGCAUGGGGAUUGUUUAUAAAACUGAAAACCUUUAUAUAUUUCACAUCGUUAUUUCUCUUCACGCUGAAUUUUAAAUCAGGUAAGCAGUUGUAUAUAUACAUAUAAUUUAUUCACUACGUUGUUCCACAUUAGUGGAACAGACCUAAACUGAAAAUGAACUGGAAUACGUGGCUCGUAGAGGCCGCUGCACAAUAUCCACGAUGUCUCAAUAACGAUUAUCUGGCAAAGAAGGCAAGGGGAAAGCGAGAAACUGAUCGGGAGAGAAUUCGAGAUUUCAAGAAGUUUUAAUUAAGACCGCUUGAGAUGAGACUCAAUGUCGCGAAUCAUUCGAGAUUAAAACCCUGUUGAGUCUAGUAUUCUCGUUAUAAGUCAUGAUUUGAUUAUUCAUCUAAUUUUUCGAAUUUCGACACUCAAAUUUGCCAUUUAUUUUAAGGGGCAUAAGACUAAUAAUAUAGCUACAUCUGAUAUAGUAAUAUAUAAUACGGUUCGUAUAAUUUUUUAGUUUUUGAUUGAGAUACAAAUUAGACGUAUAUAUGCAUACAGUAUGCACAACAGACAUCGAUAAGUUAUUUAAACUGAUAUUAUAUUUCCAGCGUUUUCUGUAUAAAUAUCCUCAGAACAAAACAAAUUUCAUGAAACAAAUAAAGUAUGAAACCAUCUCAUAAAAGUUCAAUCUUACAACUCUUGGUAAUAAUAUAAAUUCGAAAUAUUACUGUUGAUUCUUGUAUCCCUUAUUUGAUGAAAUAUCGAAUUAGUUCAAAAUGAAUAAGUGAGUAAUGGACCAUUUGCAUUAUAGACUACAUUUUGAUCUAGACAAAAAUUUCAUCACAGCUUCAAAGAGCAUCACAAAAUUAGUAAUAUUCCAAAGUUUCGUUGCGAAAUGUUGUAAAAUGCGGAUAAUGUGGCCUUGCGAAGUUUGCCGUUUUUCAGUCAUUUUGUAUUACGCACGGGAAAUUGACAGCCCAAUCGGGUGUUGGGGCAUCAAUUUCCCGUUUGUAAUACAAAAUUGACUGAAAACUGUAAAUUUCGCAAGGCUAUAUUAUCCGCAUUUUACAACAUUUCGCAACGAAACUUUGGUAUAUUACUAAUUUUGUGAUGCUCUUUCAAGCUGUGAUGAAAUUUUUAUCUAGACCAAAAUGUAGUCUAUAAUGCAAAUGGUCCAUUGGGACCGCGAGAGCUAAGCUGAAUUUCGAAGGACGCAGCUCGACCUUCAUGAUCGAGUCGAAGCUAGGGCGCCCGUCUCGUAGCCACCAUAUCACUCAUGCAUCUGAUCAGGGAGCACGGCUACAGUGGAAGGGUCAUGCAGUAAGGGGCUAUUUCAUCUUAGGUGCUAAUCGCUACCCCCUCCCAACCUCCAACCCCCAUGCACCUCACCCUGUCAACAUUUUCUGUGGGAGGAAAGUCAGGAAUCCGGAGUACCCAGAGAAAAACCCACGACCUUCGGUAGAGAGACUCUUUUCACAUACAGUAAGUGCAUGUCAUGUGUUUGCAGCGAGAAUCGAAUCCACGAGACUCUUCCUCUAACAAUUGCACAACCGAAGCCCCAAAUGGAAUUUUUAUUCGGAGUUUGUCUCACAGUUUAUUUCAGAAAUAACAACAAACUAUGUUGGUUGUUUUUCACAUCCUGUACUUUUACUAAGUGCCCGUACGUAACACGCAUUCAAGAGCAGGUGUUCUCGGUCGCUAUGGCACCAUUUGUGUUACUACAAUUAUUAUUUGAGCGUGGGCGAUGAUAAUUUAAUAAAAUCUACCUGUAUAUUGCCUGACAAGAAAACUGGCGCCAAUAUAUAUCGCAGUCGAGUACGAGUUUUAUUGCUAUCAAUCGUAUGAAGGUUUGAUUCAAUGAUCAUUAUAGCGCCAUGUUUUGAUCAAGUUAUUUGAAUCCUACUGUGUUGCGUUCUGACUGUUUUGGCCGUAAGAAAAAAUCUCUAUAUAACGACGUGUAUAUUAUAUAUAUAUUAUAUAUAUUAGGAACAACUUAACAAAGAAAACCAGCAGGUUAAUUUUGUCAUGUCAGUUACGUUUCUGAAUUAGCUUUAAGCGGUCAUGAGUAAAAAAUUACCGAUUAAACGUUAUUGAAAAGGACAACAAAUGAAGACUAAAAAAAUUUUUUUUUUAACUUUUUCAAAAUUACGUUGUGCCUAUUCAAAUUGCCUUGCGGUUUUUAAGGAGCAACAUGCAGUAGUGGAAGCUUUGUACGAUCUUUAUAUUUCAUGCCCAUUUUUUCAAAAAUGUUCAACAAUAAAAAACUAGUUUUUGAAAUAGUUUUUGACUAAAUAUUUUUAUACUGGAUCGAGGUUUGUUUAUAGCAUUUUGCAGCCACCAUUGUUCCUACUGUAUAUUUAACAAUUAUUGAAUGAGGUUGAGCACGAUAUGAAGAAUUAUCAAGCCCGAAGUUUGCCGUUAUCAACCGAAGCCGAGAGCUGAGGUUGAUAACGGAAAACUGAGGGCUUGAUAAUUCUUCAUACUGUGCGAAAACCGAAUUUAAAAAAUUAAAAACAAACGGAAGAAGCCAUUUGUAUAUUUUAUUUCUAUUAAGAAAAAAACAAUUCCUUAGUCCUUCGGCAGCCGUCGACGUCGUCAUAUCAAUGGCGUCAGCGAGUCAAUAUGAUUCUCGCGUCAUAGUAAUAUGGCGCAAACGCGUCCAAAUUUUGUUCAUAUUGACUCUUCGACGUCAUUUUGCUAAUAUGAAUGUGAAAAAUCCAUACUGAUUUGGUUAGCCAUUGAGUUGAUAUGACAAUUUCACAGUUGGCUGUUAGCCAAUCAGAAACCAGGAAUUUUUUAAAUAAAUAAUAAAUACUCUUAAUGCCGUUUUGCUACUGUUGUGCUGAGAACAAAUAUAAACUGAAAAAAUUACCUCAAAUUUCUCGCAGGAAGAAUAAUGAAAGAAUAAUGAAAAAAUAAAGAAUAAUGUAUUAAGCUCGUUUGAUGGCUUUGUUCCGCUAGUGGUUUGACCUAGUGUUCUCGUGAUAAUAUGACGUACCAAACAGCACAUGCAGUUUGUUUCAAACCAGCUGCAUGCUCCCCUCCGUUUUGGGAGAAGAUGCCGGAAAAUUUACGAUGUACUGUAUCGGAAAUUUUGAGCAAUUAUAAAAUUUGAGACAAAGAUAAUAGAAUAGAAUUUCUACUGUAUAAAGACUAAAGAGUUUGAAAUUGUUACCAAACAUGACAUAUUGACUGCCGUUGGUAUGGUAAUCAAUAACAGUGUGCGCCGUUUCGAUAUGGCCAAUAUUGUGCCGAUAAACUACAUAAAAGCGGCUUGAGAUCCCAACUUUUUAUUUUUUCUAAUACUUCUUCGCAAAAAUCAUGUUAUACAAUUUUAUAGAAGCAUCAGUGGAAUUUUCAUUGCAUAUUUCACUGUUUGUGGCAGGUGCUCUUAUUUUUAGCACUUUUGUGUGCUCUUGUAAUUAGCUCCUCAAAUUUGUAAAAAAAAAGCACUUUAGACGCAGCGAGAGAGAUAAGCACGCCCACAUUUACUAGUCAUGGGAACUGUCCUUUUAAAGUAGUUCUUCCUUUGCAAUAUAGUAACAAAAUUAAUUUUAUUUAUAAAUUUUAGAGAUCUUUCAUGUUUUUUAUAUAUUGUGAUGAACCCUGGUAUGGAACAUAAUAUUCGCAUUAUUUUGUUGUGCAAGUGACUUCUAAGCGUAUAUCUAGAUUUUACAUUUGUGGUUGCUCCUGAUAUGUUUUUGGAAGGAACAAAACAGCUGUUCAACCUCGCAUGCUCUGAGCUUGCCUCUUGCGCGUCACGUAUGAAUGAGGACACGAAAAGAAUUUAACCUCUUCAAUUGAAUUAUACAGAUAUCAUGUCGUUUUCAAUGGAAUAAAACCGGUAGUACAGACAAGUUUCUAUCGGCGUGGUUAUAUGGGAAACAAAAUUUAAACGGGAAUAAAAAAUGUUUCAUCGCCUAUUGCCGGUUAAGAGAAUCUAUUUUCCCACGUUCAAACCAAUUUACUAUAAUUAUUUCCACAAGCGUAACGCUUUUCUUAUGUUAAUUGUUUAUCAGCUAGGAAUCAAAACACACCGAGAGUAAAUAAAUUGAUAACCAAACCACAAUUACCAAACAUGCUACUGAAGUGCGAUGGCGUAGCCAUAAUUAUAGGACGCAAGGUAUAAAAGUUUACGAAAGAGAGGCAUUGAAGAAAGAAACAACAAAAUAAAUUUGAAUGAAACUCAAUACCUAGCUAGCCCUUUCCAUGUCUGAAUAUUUGACCAGCAAAACAGAAUGAUGAUAUCAGCAUUGCUGUAUUUGGUUUGCACCCGUAUUCUCUAUUCAGAGUACUAAAUUUAAGUCAGUCAAGUUCGUACCCAGGGCUUUUUGCCUUCUCGGUUCUAUGAUGCGCAAUAUUCAUAUGAUCUACAAAGAUAUACCAUGCAAGCUAUCCUUUCUGCGUCUGAUCCCCACUCAAUAUACAUUCGGCAUUCGUUACUAAAAUAUAUGCACAAAUAGCUGGAAUCGAGUGGAAUAUAAACGCUGCUAUAAUUAAAACUCUUUGUGCAACCAUAUUCAACGUAUUAUUCGAUAGUCAACGAGCCAUGUUGAGAGAUGAAUUUUGUUGCUUCAAACAAGUUGUCUAAGAAUAAACUGUCUUUGAAAAUAGUCCAAAUACUUCUAUCAUCGAGAUACGAUAGUCACUAGUCAGUUAGAUUGCUCCAAGUCUCUCUUUCAUUGUCAUAUCGAUCCACUAUAGUGUACAUUACAUGACGUAGCACGGAGAGGCGGAGCGAGAAAGAGAGACUUGUCAACUUCGGAAAAUCUCGGUUCAAAACUGAACCGAAAAUGCAAGACUUGCUUUAAUUAUUUUCCUUCAAUUUCUUUCUGUAUAUUUACUAUAAUGGAACUCAUGUUAUUUACACUGCAUGUGCUAGAUCAAUACAUAUAAACACUGACAGGAAACAAUUAAAGCAAGUCUUGCAUUUUCGGUUCAGUUUUCUCGCUCCGCCCCUCCGUACUACGUCAUGUAAUGUACACUAUAGUGGAUCGAUACUAUAUGACAAUGAAAGAGAGACUUGGAGCAAGUCUACUAGUCAGUAGGUAAAGUAUUUCACGAAUUUCGCGCGACAAAUUUUCCAACGUUACGCCCCUGUAAUUAAUCUGGACUGAGAAGACCUGCAUGCCUUAUGUUUCUUCCAAUCUUCCCACUACAAAACUCCUUUCAACCAAGCAUAGGAUAUUGUUACAAAUUCUUCUUCUAUUUCCAGUCUUUCAAAUUUUUCGUUAAACAUUACCCGGAUCGAAACAUCAAAUGACAAGAUUAUUUGGCUCUGCAUAAAACGGAUCUAUUUUAAUUUUCUUUAAUAUUAUUUUAGGACGAUGUCAGCUGCAGAUUGGAAAAGAGUCUGCAGACUUUGAUGGACGUUCAAAUGAUUUCAAAAGUCUAUAUUGCUCAGUGGCUGGACACGGUGAAAAAACAUACGAAUGGUACCACAAUGGCAAUCUUGUCAGUCCGCAAUAUUUUUCAAAAGGCUUUAUUUCAACUAACAGUGAUACACUAACUGUAAAGGCGCGAAAUGUUAAUCGGAGAUACCAAGGAAUUUAUCAGUUAUUUGUUUCUUCUGCGUUUGGAAGAAUAUUUUGUCGAAAGAUCAAAGUAAGAUUCAAAGGUAUGUAUGUACCCUUUCUACUUCAAUAAGAAUAUACACCUACUUGAAUUAAGAUUUUCACAGGCAAUGGACCAAAAGUACCAAAUCAAUCUCAUUUGCUAUCGUGGUCUUUCUGUAGUUUCUGUUCUGAUGGCUUUAUUGCCUUUUGCGGCCUUGUUGUAAUAGAGACGUUCAGUUUUAACUUCCACUACCACUACCGCUACACUAAUGGACUAUUAACCAAUACGAUGCGUUCAAUAUAUCCGAUUAACCAAUCAGAUGCGUAUUAUUAAGCCAGUGGGAGGUAGCGGCAGUAUCAAUCAAACCUGAACCUCUCUAUGCAACACUUUUUGGAAGAAUAGUUACAACCUUGCAUCUACACACUAACAUGUGGGUGGGCAAAUUUAUGUUUUACGAUCAUGUAUUUAAUAUCUGCAUGUAAUACCAGUAGCAUCCCCCUCCCCCAACCACAAUGACCUCCAGAACUGUUCUUCUGUAAAGUUAAAAUCCUGGAAAAAGACGAGAGGGAGUUUCAAUGUCAGGGAUAAAAUAUUUUUUAUGGUUAUACUUUUACUUCAAAACUCGUCUAAGUAUGCGAGAAAUGCCGUUCUGGAGGCCGUGGAAAUUCCAAUAUUCUUCUGGGCACCAUUUUCCCGGACCCUCUACCCUAGAGUUCUUGCGGCAAUGACACACGUGUUCGCAAUUUAAAUUUGUUUCCCCCUUUCCCUCCAAACCACCAACCUCCCCCCCUCCCCCCUCAGAGAAAAAGAAAAUGCAGACCCUGUUUACGCUACUGCUUAAUAGGCAAUAAGAAUAAGUGAUAUAUAGUUUCCCUCCUAAUACAUGAAUUCUUUGAAAUACGUCAAUGAAAUAAUUUUAGGAUUGCUUUUUCACCUACAGUACUCAUUUUUGAAUGCAGUGCAUCCAAAAGCGCAUGCGGCCGAUUCAUUCGUGGCGGAGGGUCACUCUACAGUUUACCCGAAUUUUUAGUGAAGAUUGUAGUAAAAUAACCUUAUUCAAGCCCCAAAGGGCUCUGGAGGACCCAGUAAGAAUUGCUUGAAAUUUAAAAGGAUUACGUAACUAAUUUUUUAUUAAUGAAUGGUUUCGCUUUUUGGAAUACACUUUGUAUUUCACUUGCGUUGUUAUUGUUUCCAGUUGCUGGAGAUUUUGGCAGUGAUUCUGCACUACCAGAUAUUCGUCAAGUGGUUGAAGGUCAACCUUUCCGUUUGAGUUGCCCAAAACAUUCCUACAUGAGAGGUUGUUCUUACAAGUGGGGAGGAAAUAGUCAUGCUGUUGGUAUGAGAUUUGUGAAAGAAUAUCGCAAUCGUGUAAUUCUUCCUGAUGGAACCUUGUUCUUCUCCGCUAUAACAAGGCAAGAUAUGUUGGAUUUUGGCUGGAAAGAUGGUGGUUAUCAAUGCAUAAUGGACUGUGUUUUCACAGGUGGAUUUCACAGUAUGACCAGAUCUCACAAAGUUGGCUUGAAUGCAACAGGAGGCAAGGAUGCAACAAUUUCAUGACUAUAUUUUAUGAUAUUAGUAUAAUAACUGGUAAAUUCUGUCGUAUACGAUUCGUAUCCUGGCGUAUGAAAUUUACUCCUGACGCCACAAUUCUUCUUCAUUCAAAUUAUGGCGAAAUUUGAAAUGCAACCACGUUACGCGUGCUUAUUCCAUUACAUACUCUAGAAUAUCAGAAUCGUACACGACAAAUCGCAGCGUGUAAACGCACAACGGGAUUGGCAUAAAUUAAAUAUGCUGAAAUCCGGGAAAGAGAUAUAAACCUCGUACGAUUUGCAUGUAGUGCAAAUGUUUAAACGCUGCACUCGUUUGUGUAACAUACGUGUUUUAUUGCGUUAAAUUAAGUAUUGUUUACCAUUUUCUACAAAAUAUUUAUUCUAUUAAUGGAACAUAUUUUCAGGGUGUCGUGUUAAUAUAGUAACGAUGUUCACUGGCACCUUUGCUUUAUUUGUUCUACCUUCGGCUGUAUGUGUUAUUUUCAACAUUUUUAUUUUUUUUCAGUGAAUGCAUCCAGCUUUGGACCGAAGAUUAUAACAAUGAUCAAGGACAGGGAAGUCGUUUUGGGGUCUAAAUAUGUAUACGUGACCUGUGCUGCUGCUGGAAGGUAUUACGUCUUCCUUACGUUAUGGAGUCUUUGACAUGUAUUCCAAAAGCUCAUCACUCACACUCAAAGAGCGGAGGUCAAUCUGAGCUUUCCUUGAGUGUCGGUGCAGUUUUUGAAUAGCUGGAGGGUUACGCCUGCAUUCUAAAAGCUCACUCAAAGUGAGCUCGAGUGUCAUUGCUGUUUUUGAAUAGCUGAAGGGCUAGUGUCAUACCUUAUCAUGUGACUACUCACCCUCCAGCUAUUCAAAAACAGCAUUGACACUCAAGAGAAGCUCAGAUUAAACCUCCACUCAUUGAGUGUGAGUGUGAGUGAGCUUUUAGAAUACAGGCGUUCGAUCUGUAUCAUAAAUGCUUGCCAAGACAAAACGGAAAUAUCUUUCUUAUACUGAAAUCUUCUCUAAAUGGAAUAAAUGCUACAUACCAUAAAAAACUAUCAGAAUGCGAAAGGAAGAGUCGUUAUCUCUGCGCCGUGCCUGUUAUGAUCACUUUGUCUAUAUUUCGAAAUUCAGAUUCAGUGCCCAAUAGACCUUUCCCCUUAUGAGUGAAAUUUUGAUCUAGAUAUGCCUGGACAAACAUUUCAUCACAGCUUGAAAUAGCAUCACAAAAUUAGUAAUAUUCCGAAGUUUCGUUGCGAAAUGUUGUAAAAUGCGGAUAAUAUAGCCUUGCGAAGUUUGCCGUUUUUCAGUCAUAUUUUGCAUUACAAACGGGAAAUUGAUAAUCAGAUGAUCAAACUGAUUAUCAAUUUCCCAUUUGUAAUACAAAAUGACUGAAAAACGGCACACUUCGCAAGGCUAUAUCAUCCGUAUUUUACAACAUUUCGCAACGAAACUUCGGAAUAUUACUAACUUUGUGAUGCUCUUUCAAGCUGUGAUGACAUUUUUGCCAAGACUUGUCUAGAUCAAAAUUUCACUCAAAAGGGGAAAGGUCUAUUCUCCAUGAAUGUUGCAAUUAUGGUUAAGGAUUUUUGAAGUAGAACCACCUAUACGUCCGAUCAUUAAACGCGACUUGUUUUUAUUUCUGGUGCAAGAAGUACAUUUGCUCACAAUCCACAUUGCAAAAUGUAAUCUCUAAUUAAUUAAUUUUUCGAGAGUUCAAUGUUGUAAUUGUAAUUAUUAUAUGGCAAGCAUCACUUCCGGUGAAAUGGCGGAUUGUGAUUGGCUGAGAAGCACUUUCAGCGAUCCAUUAUUAUCCCGAAAUGGACCGGCGGUCCAUUACGUAAAAACAAACGAAUGCAACACUAUUAAUAUGCAUUUCAAAUCAUACACUUAUUGUUUGUUUCACGUAUAAAUGCCAUAUCAGUAAACUUUUUAUUAACCUAUCGCUUGCUCGGAGUGUACAGGGAAAUAUCGGACCUCGGUCCUUUUGUAGAAGCCUCGCCCUACGGCUACGGGCUCGGUCUGUACGAAAAAGACCUUGGUCCGUCAUUUCUCUGUACAGACCUAGCGUUCGGUUAAUAAGAAGUUAUUAAUUAAUUAAUUACUUACUUUUGAAAAGAGGUAAUUUUAAUCAGGAAUUAAUUACCUUUUGAAGCAAGUAAUUGCAUGUAAUUGUAGUUAAUUCCUUUUCGAGCAGUAAUUUUGCAGCUCUUUCAUUUUCCCUCUGUAGUCCAACACCAUCAUAUCGUUGGGCAAAAAUCGACGCAGAAGAUAACGCCGUGGACAUGAUAAAAACCGGAGAUAUUGAAUUUGGAAAUUUUAACCACACUAUGACAAUAAAAAAUAUAGAUAUCAAUCACAACGGAACAUAUGCAUGUAUUGCAACGUCUGGUGACAUUUAUGAUAUGGUAAAAUGGAAGUUAAUUGUAAGAGGUAUUUGUUGAAUAGAAUGUCAAUAUUAUUAAGAUGACGUUUUGUUGGAAUAAGCCAAUUCAAUUUGGAGCCAUCGAGAAAGGAUGAAAAGUUGCGAAGUUGAAGUAUUUCAGCAAAAUUUCUAUCUUCUUGACGCAUCUCCCCUCCCUGUCGCCACAUUGACUGGGCAGCACAAGGGGACCUCUUCAGUUUACGCUGGGGGCCCUUCAGCACAAAGUUAGGCUACUGCAAGUUUCCCUACAUGUAUUGUGAUGAUGUUAUUGUUGUCUUAUAUAUAGAAUAACCAUUUCUUGAUACAGAAUACUGUCCUUCCAGUAUAAAAUGACAUAAUAAAAAUGCCACAAGGCACAAAAUACAUCUUAUUUUGCCAGAGAAACCAACAUGGCUGUCAAAUGAGAAGAUUAGGAGUAAAGAAGUUGACGUAUUUACCAAUUUCACUUGGGAAUGCAAGGCUCAUGGGGACCCUGUGCCUACGUACACUUGGUAUAGUAAUGCCAGUCAAAUGGACACAAGGAGGUAAGCUUGGUAAAUAUCACGUAGAAGAUCAAUUUAUUCUAUUUGUUCUGGAGCUGCAGUAAGUUACCAAAGCGGCACCAUGCUUUCUAAUCGUAUCCAUAAAGAAUUUAAUCGGCAUUCACGAUGCGUUAUGAUUUAUUCGCUAGUAGAUAUUAUAAGAACAUUCUCUAAAAUCUUCGCCAAGUUGGUUGAAAUACGAAUCUCAAACAUGCAUAAAAAUAUCUUUGCCAAAUUCAUCUACCCCGACAGAUUAGAUGCAUCAAACCGAGAUCUUUCCGAAAUAUGUACAACCAAACAUGGUGCUACAGUGCAGUGCCCUGGAGCAUGUUCAAAACAAGUGCACCACAAGCGCGAAGAUAUACUAUUCUUGAAUAAACACCACGGCUUAUGAUCCCGAAAAGACCGGCUAACAGACGAACAAGCUUACAGAAUAACAACCAUAGAAUAUAACAACCUCACGCAGCGACCUUCGCUUGGGCACCACAAUUAAUUUAUGCAAUUUAUGCUGGUAGACGUAAUAGUAUGCAUAAACAAAACAUUUUUACUAGGCUUAGCUUGUGGAAUAUCAACCUCGUUCCCAGGGCCUUUUUUGAAAAUUCGGCGAUGGGAAAAGGAAAAAAAGAAGAAAGGAAAACCUUUUCCCAUCGCAGAAUUUUCAAAAAAGGCCCUGGGAACGAGGUUGGUGGAAUAUAUACAGUAUAUACCGGGAGAGUUGACUAUAUAUACAAAGUUGACUAAACCAAAAUGGUGAUACUGUAUCUAGAACAGUUCUAUUAGUUAGUGCAUGUACAAUGUCACACAAUGUUUCGAUUUCUGUUUUUAGUGGAAGGUGUGAAAUUGAUGGUGGGAAAAUAUCAUUCAGUCGUGUUCUGCUUGAAGAUAUCGGAAUGUAUCAGUGUGUAGCUGAAAAUGGUUUUGGACGUAUUUAUCAAACUGUUUCAUUGCGUGUUCGGGGUAUGGUGUAUGUUUCCUCUUUAUAUUGUGUAUCAGAAAAAGUUGCAAAUCUACUAUAUAUAUGACGGAUAAUAGACCCUCUCAAGGUUAACGAUGCCAUAAUGAAACAAAAUUGUGCAAGGGGUACAAACACAAUGGAAUUCCAUAUAGGGAAAUUUGCAGAGGGUGCAAAUACAAUGGUGAAAACAAUAGAUUCAAGAUGGCGUCGUUAACCUUGGAAGGCCCUAUUAGGAUGUAAGCGAAGAAACUUUAGGCUAGAAAAAUUACUGUAACGUAGUUUUAUUUUUCCUUGGAUCAUGAAAUCUAUGAAACUAAAAGGUGUUAUAAUAACAGCAUAUAGCCAAGGGGGUCCAACAUAAUUUAAUUAAUAAGAAACUAAUUAAUAAACCAUUUGGGUCCUGUGCUCAGUAGUAAAGAAUAUGCAAGAUAGGUAUUUGCAUGCAUUCCAAACUUUGAAACUAUAAAACAAAAAAGUUAUGAGAAAACGUCGGAUUCAUAGGGAUGCAACUACCUGAAAAAAUACAAGGAGACCCCCAAAGACUCAUCAAGCAUAAUGUUUUCAUCCCCGGAAAGGGGUAAUGACCCCCUAAGACAUUAACCUGAAUCAAGGGGUUGUAAUCCCCAAUGGAACGUUCUUGCGUCAAAGCCCUACGAAUCGUCCUUUGCCUCUCAUGUUCAUUGUUGACCUGUGAUCAGGAGCAUAGCUAGAGGGGGAAUGGAGAGAUGUAAUUCCACUCCAGUUCCCCAUCCAUCACGGACUCGGCAAAUGUAUUCUGACUCGGCAAAUUGUUUUCGUGGCUGAGUGGCUCGGAAUUUGAGUGGCUCGGAAUAAAAGUAAUAGCUAUAGCAAACAUUUUGCUAAAUUUACGAAAAAUGGUAUGUCCGGGAAUAUUUUCGACCCCUGCGAGACUACACUCCCUGUUUUAGCCUCUUCGCUACGGCGCUGCAUAUGAUUGGUCGGUUAGUCUUUGACUCGGUCUGCGCGUGUCUGCAAAUAUUUGAACUUUGAUCGAUUAAUAACCGAGUGUGAAGGCGAACGUGUUGUCUCAUCAAAAUUGCUUUAUUUUACAAAACGUACUACUCUUUUCUACAGCAAGAAGACCAGAAUUUAAUAAAUCAAGCAUCGAUGUUGUGUUCUUAAAGGAUUCUCAAGGAACACUCAGAUGUCAGUCUAAUGCAAUCCCGCGCGCUAACUAUACCUGGACGAAGAAUGGCAUCCCGCUCACUCUUGGCACGAAAUAUAACGUCAAUGAUGGAGAGCUUCUAGUUAUUAACACGCUGACAGAGGAAGAUGCAGGUGUAUACAAAUGUACGGCCGAAAAUGUGUUUGGUAAGGCGGAACAAGUUAUAAACGUCACAAUAGGUACGUUACCAACAGAUGCUGUACAAUUAUGUCUUGCAAUAAGAGCAUUACGGCGAGUAGGAAAAUGCCAAUUUUCUUCGAAAAACGUUUUUCAAUACCUUCAAGUAUGUACCGCUACGUGAAUUACUCGGCGUAUGCAUGAACAAAUUUUUUUCAUAUUCGGAAAGAUCAGGCUUUUAGCUAUUGAAUGACGUGUUUUUAAUGCCAUGUGGA